UGAUGGCGUUGCUGCUGAAUGACGUCAGAACUGCUCCAGACCCAUGUAAGGUGUUAUCUUGCAGAGAGGGGACUGUUUGUAAACUAGUGGAAAUAUGCGCUCCAGUGUGCGCGGUUGUUCCAGUCUGUACAACUCCCGCUCCAGCUACGACCAGCAACCCAUGUGUCGAAGGCAGUCCCUUGAUCACCACAUUCGGCCAAGAGAAAACUUGCACAGAGGGGGUUGAUUCCUGUCCCGGGGGUCUGGGAUGUGUCACAGAAUCUGUCGGCAGCCAGGGGCGGUGCUGUCCGACCGGUGGACCGGCGUCAGUCAACAGUAAGAAGCCCGGUUCAUGUCCUGCGUCAACCGGGUACGGCAUCUGUUUCAACUUCUGUGGCCGAGACAUUGACUGCGUAGACAGUCAGAAGUGCUGCUUUAAUGGUUGUGGCCACGCAUGCGUCGUCCCUCAAAGUGAAACGUCUCAAGUGCAACCUCCUCACCGCAACACGGCCUCCUUGACGAACUCCCCGUCAUCGCCUGCCACUCCUGGAACCUGUCCCAAAGUGAAGACAUUUGGCGAGUGUAUCAGGAUGUGUCGGUCUGACAGCGAGUGUUCCAGCGGCACAAAAUGUUGCAGCAAUGGAUGUGGCUGGACGUGUCAGUCUCCGGUUCUCCCACCAAAACCAGGCACGUGUCCGCGAGACUACAACAACGAACCCUGUUUCUCACGUGACCAAUGUGAGCACGACUCCGACUGUACCGGAAGUCUGAAAUGUUGCUCGACAAACUGCGGGAGACAGUGUCGGGAGCCGAACAGUACCCCACCCCUCGUCCUGGAGUGUGCCCCGCCAUUGACAGACGUUCAGCUCUCGCCGUUAGCUGCAGCGUUCGUUUCGAUCUGUGUCUGGUGGACGUGCAGUGUCCAGGGACCAUGAAGUGUUGUGAAUCCGUCUGCGGCAAGAAGUGCCAGAAUGCUCUGCCCCGCGAGGUGAGGGGUAAGCAUGGCCAGUGCCCCGCCCCUGGGGACAACCCAAGCGGGUAUGGGGUCUCCAUGUGUGUCAGCUUCUGUUCCAGGGACUCCGACUGCCCGAUGACCCAGAAGUGUUGUCUGAGGAGCGACGGCUGCAGCCACAUCUGCACCAAUCCCAUCGGUUGACAUCUACAACGCCUGUGAUCUCCACUUGUUUUCUACUCUGUAAUACGAAAUACAUGUAUAUGAAUAUCGACUAAACACCAAUAGUUUUAGCAGAGAUUAGGGACCAGAAGGAAUCCACAAUGUCUUCGGUGAGCUACGACAGGUCUAAGUCUAUGGUAAACGUUUAGACUUACGAUAAACGUAGCUGUAAGACCGCCCAACUUUGUGGAUCAAUCUCAAACAUAAUUAUAUACGCAAUACAGGGACACGUCGUAUCUCAAAGUUGUAAUGUAAACGUGUAAUGUAAUUUAGGCAUGUAAUUUAGGAGGAUCCAUCCAGGUCCUACUCUGGUCACCAAAAAUAUGUAUUUCAAUCCACAAUCAUGCAAUAAAACACGUGUGCAGAAAAA